AUGGCACCAGCCAUUGUACAAACACAUUCAGCUGACGCGAUCAAAGCGCCCUCCAAGGCCGUCGACACCUCCAUCUUCCCGGACGGGAUCAAGACCUCUGGUCAGCUGGAUCCAAUCUACGACCAGCUGCAGCCAUACAGUGUAUUCCCCAAAGAAAUAUCCAGCUCAGCGCCAACGUUCUGGGAGACUUCGGACUACCAGAACAACCCUUCUUUAUGGCAGCACCCCUUUUCCUUCGAAGAACUCGCAUCUUUGUCCAAGGCUGCCGAUGACUUCAUCAAUCAGGGCCUACCACUAGAGGCCAUUUCACCUGCCAAUUUCUUCCUGGCUCCUGAGCUUGUGGCCGGUCUAGCUUCGAUGCGCAACGAGCUAUUGAACGGCAAAGGCUUCUUACUCUACAAAGGCUUCCCAGUUAAGGAAUGGGGUAUACACAAGUCCGGCGUCGCCUACUUCGGCCUUGGCUGCUACCUGGGCCUUCCUGUAUCUCAAAACUCGCGUGGGCACAUCCUUGGACAUGUCAAGGACUUGGGCGAGGACAGCACGCAGAUUGACAAAGUCCGUAUCUACCGCACAAACGCACGUCAGUUCUUCCACGCGGAUGAUUGUGACCUCGUUGGGCUUCUCUGCCUAUCUCGCGCUGAAGAAGGUGGGGAAAGUGAUAUUGCUUCUGUGCACAAAGUGUGGAAUAUCCUCCAAGCUGAACGUCCUGAUAUUGCCGAGCUUUUCACCAAACCAAUCUGGUAUUUCGAUCGCAAAGGUGAGACGUCAAAAGGUCAACAAGAAUGGAUCCGCACGGCCGUCUUCUAUCUCGAGACACCUGCAGCUGGGAAAGAGCAGCGUGUCUAUUGCAAAUGGGACCCAUACUUUGUUCGCUCCCUGGCUCGCUUCUCCGAUCAAGGAAUCAUCCCUCCUCUGUCCCCCGAGCAAAAGGAGGCUGCCGAAGUGUUGGAAGCCACCUGCAACCGAGUCAAGCUACAUAUGAUUUUGGAGGUGGGUGAUAUUCAAUUCGUCGCCAACAGCCACGUCUUGCACGCACGAACUGCAUACAGGGAUUACAGUCCAGACUCCGGCAUGCCUCGAAGACAUCUCAUGAGACUCUGGCUUGCGACAUCUGAAGAUGAAGGUGGCUGGCGUCUGCCUUUCAGCGAUUCAAGAGAAAAGAAGAGGGGUGGUAUUCAGGUUGAUGAUACGCCUCCUGUGGCGAGACUCGAUGCAGAUUAG